CGCAGUUUACACUAGUUUUUAGCUAGUUAUAUCUUUUUAAACAAAAUCCCUUUUUUAAAUAUUUUUAAUCAGUUUCAAUCUUUACCAGACGUACCACGAAAAGUAACCGAUUUAAUAGCGAAAUGUUCAUAUUGGCCAUUUUAGAAACAAGGUUGAAGACUGGGAACGAGUUUUAGAAUUAAUCUGGUCAAAAAAUAAACACCAUAACAAGAAAGAAUACAUCGAAAUAGUAAAUUUCUGGAGUUUCAAGAUUUUGGGUUUCAUAUGUUUUGUGUAGCAACUUCCCAAACAUUUCAAAAAUUACAAAUGUAUGGUUACUGGGGACGCGUGUCCCUAGUAAACAUACAUUACUUCGUAAUUUUUCAUGUUUUUGAAUUUUUAUAAUUUAGCUGUCACUUAGCCAAUUGAAGCUAUAAUGCAGAAACCUGUUAAAUUUUAUGUGCUCCUUCUAGUCAUGGGAAUAUUUUUCAAAUAGGAUUAAUUAUCAAUCUCUUCUAUAUUUUCGUUCCCAGUCCUUCACUCGUUUCUUAAGUGGCCGAUUCAUAUGUGUUAUAGAUUGAUUUAUUCGUGCUCUCGCUAGUACAAGUUCUGAAUCACUGUUUACAAACUAGAUCAUUAUAUAUCAGAGUACAGUCACGUGAUCAGUAUGACAUUAACAAUCAGAUAUAUGACAAUAUGCAGCAAAUUUAUCAUUAAUAUUAUUUUUUAUCAUUUUUGUUAUGGAUUUUAAAACAUGUUUUCAUUUGAUCUAAGAAUCUGUGUUUGGCUUCAUUUCCUUUCCCAAUUUGUUUAGUCCAAUUAAAAAAAAAUUGUGGUUAAAAAUAUCUUUUGCGAGAAAAGUCGAAAGUAUAACAGCGUGUCUAUACUAUUGUUUUCAAACUCCAUUGAGUGCAAAAUCGCGUGUGCGAACAGGUGUACUGAAACUAUGACAAAACAUCUUUUAGACCUGCAACUUGAUUUGAUCAAUCAUCGCUUUAAAAAAUUAAGAGCCAAUGAAAGUGAAGCUUGUAUAGAUGUAUUGAAAUCAUAACCUUUGAAUGGCUUCAAUAACAUCACAAUAAUGGCGGACGACAUCGCAAAGCAAGAAACGCAAGUUCUCAUAUACAAGGACUCAUUCCAUCCUUGCCAUGUUCUUGAAACUCUUAGAAGUCUUUAUCAACGACAGAAAAUGUGCGACGUCGUUGUGGUAGUAGAGAAAGAAGAAAUAUUCUCGCACCGACUAAUAUUAGCCGCGAAUAGUUCGUACUUUUAUUCGAUGUUUACGAAUGGAAUGAGCGAAACAAAUCAAACUCGAAUUACAUUAAAGGAAGUGGACUCCGAAGCCGUCAGACAAUUAAUAGACUUUUGCUAUACUUCAACUAUAGAAAUCACUGAAGAAAAUGUACAAAAUUUAUUAUCCGUCGCUAACUUGUUACAGUUUACUACGAUUAUCGAGACGUGUUGUAGUUUUCUAAAAAAUCAACUUCAUCCAUCCAACUGCCUUGGAAUAGGAAAUUUCGCCGAUCAUCAUGACUGUACUGAACUUAAACUCGCAGCUCUUAACUACGCCGAAAAGAAAUUUCUUGAAGUUGCAAAGACGGACGAGUUUUUGUUGGCAACUUAUGAUCAAAUUUCUUCGAUACUAAAGAGCGACUCACUUAAUGUUGUUAGCGAAAAGGAUGUAUUUGAUGCAGUGCUCUUGUGGACUAGACAUGAUUUAGGUGAACGAAAAGAGCACCUUCCUUCCCUCCUAAAAUACAUAAGGUUGCCUCUUCUGGCUCCAAAAAUAUUAGUUGACUGUAUUGAAAGUGAUGAUCUUGUCCAGGAAAGUGACAUUUGCAUGAGAAUAAUUAGCCAAGCCAAGAACUUCCACCUUCUUCCUGAGCGUCGUGACAAGAUGCAAGUGCCAUCGACACCACGUCAGAUGGACCAUGGUGCAAUGAUGUAUGUAGUAGGAGGGGAAAUUCACAACCAGGUGUUUAAUACUGUUCAACGAUACAACUUUGAGACAGAAAAGUGGGAUUUUCUUCCCAAUAUGCAUCAGCGACGGGACGGUGUUGGGGUUGCACAUCAUGCUGGACGUAUCUAUGCAGCUGGAGGUUGUGAUGGAGAUGUAGCACUCAGUUCUGUUGAAUGCUUUGACGCAGCAACUCAGAAGUGGUCAUUUGUACAGCCCAUGGCAUGUGGUCGGCAUGCCUUCAGCCUGGUUGAGUUAGAUGGUUGGUUAUAUGCUGCAGGAGGUAGUGACUUUUCAGGGUCAGAAUAUAAUACCGUUGAGCGUUAUGACCCAGUCAGAGACAUGUGGAAUUCUGUUACACCUAUGAGCACCAUGCGAGAAGGAAUAUCCAUGGUAACAUUAGAUGGAGCUCUUUAUGCCAUAGGAGGCGACAGUGGCCUGACCAUACUCAAUUCAAUGGAACGAUAUGAUCCUAGAAUCGGCCAAUGGAGUGCUUGUAUACCCAUGGGAUACAGACGACGAUACUUUGGAGCAGCAAUUCUUAAGAAGAAAAUUAUGGUAGUUGGUGGAAGUGAUAACGAUGAGGAUCAUAAUUCAUUUGAGUGUUACGAUCCAAGAAUGAACAGAUGGAUGUCGCUACCACCUUUAUCAAUGCGUAGGGAGAGUCCUGCAGCAGUGGUGACUGAUGAUCAACUCUUAGCAAUAGGAGGAGCUUUCAUGAAUGUGGAGACUGAUUCAAUUGAGAAAUAUGACCCUCUUAGUAAUAAAUGGGACAAGUUUCAGCCACUUCCUGGUCCUUUAGAAGGCAUGGGAGUGAUUGUAAUGUAGUGUGGCACCAUAUUCAACAUCAACAGAAAUAGUUAACUCUAUUCUAGAUAAGAGACAGUUGAGACAACAUAAGCUUGGACAGACAUUCGAGAAAACUCAAGGGUGGAUCCAGGAAUUUCUUAGGAGGAUAUUAUGCGGCACUUCAAGAGAGUAUAAGUGAGUAAUUAAUGCAUUAGGGAGGUGUCUGGUGCACCACAGGAUACCUGCCCCUGUUACUGUUCUUUAUGGACCAUUAUGAUGUUAAUGACAGUGUUGCUAUACUUUAUUACCCUGCAAAGACUUUUCCCCAUUUUCUCUUUCUGAUCAAAAAGCGCAAAGUCUUUGGACUUUCUUGAUACCCUGGGGUCUCUCGUGAUCCCAGUCAUAGGUUUUAUUUUCAUGACGAUGAAACCUAUGACCAAGAAGCACUGUAGCAUGAGAACCUCUGGAACACCCUUUAGUUGGGAAUAUAAUAUUUAUAGAUAGUCAAAAAACAAUUUAUGCCCAGAAAAGUACAAAAUUAGACCAAGAAAUAUUUAAAAAUAAGGGAAAAUAGAAACUAAGUUUAAAUAAUUAUAUGAAUUGAGGUAUUAGACAUGUAUUUAAGUACAUGCAUCUUAAAACAGAUUAAAUAAAAGUAUGAACUGAUA